UGCCGCCGGCGACCAUGUCGGAGGCCCAAUCGUGUUGCCGGUGCUGCUGCGGCUUCAUCUUCACCGCCGGCCUCUCGUCUCUCUUCAUGUGGCUCACCCUGCGCGCGUCCAAGCCCAGUUGCUCCAUCUAUCAAUUCUACCUCCCGGCGCUCAACAGAUCUGCGGGCACUCCCACGAACACCACCAUUUUCAUGGACGUGAAGCUGAGCAACGGCAACAAUGACAAGGGCAUCUACUACGACGCCGUGAACCUCACCGUUUAUUACUACGGCGAUGCGAAUCGGACCAAGUGGCUCAGGACCAUUCCUGGGUUUAAACAGGGGCAUCAGAAGACGGCCAAGAAGAACGCAAGUGUGGAGACUUUUGGGGUGAAUUGGACUGAUGUUGUGGCCAAGAACGAGUCUGCGGUCUUUAGGGUGGAUUUGGCCACUGCAGUGAGGUUCAAGAUCAUAUUCUGGAAGACCAAGAGGCAUAAGUUAAGGGUGGGAGCUAAUGUGACUCUCAAUCCGGAGGGUGCUAAGAUGGCCAAGAAGGGUAUCAAGCUGAAGUCUGGGGUGGGUAAGAAUACGGGGGGUUGUUGCUUUUGGCAGAUGGGGAUAUCUGUUGUUGCUGUAGCUAUCAUUUUGCUUGACUAAGGGCUGAGUUAAAACUCUUCCUUGUGUGGGGAGGGUCGAGAGUGAGAUUGAUUUUUCUGGUAUUUCUUGAUAGUGGGCAGGUGCUGGUUAGUGUUUUCUUGUGAAAUAAUUUAUUUGAUGGAAUAGAAGAGAUCAUUGGUUCCAGAUGGUUUAGUUGAGUAAACAUUCGAAUGAA